UGGCACUUUGGGUCCUUUCCGUCGCACGAGGAUAUCCCUCGUGUAGUCGUGUCGUCCUUCUGUCCAACUUUUGUCCCCGUAAUUUGAUUUAAUUUGGUCUCUGGUCUCAGUUUGCGAUGGACGCUGACAAAAAUACCGAUUCUAAAGCCGCCGCUGCUGCGGAGAGUAAAGAUGACACCGAUUCUUUCACUAAAGUGAAGUCCAAAAAGACACAGAAACGAAAACGUGAACAAGAUGGAGUGGGCAUGGACACAGACGAGCCUGUGGCCGUCAAGCGGCCGCAGUUUCCACCGAUUUCAGGCGACAGAUUACGGGGACCAGACCAGCUGCAUAAAAUCCCUGUCCCAGCUCACAGAUACACUCCACUGAAGGAUAACUGGAUGAAGAUUUUCACUCCCAUCGUAGAGAAACUUCAGCUUCAAGUCAGAUUCAACCUCAAAACUAGAAACGUUGAACUCAAAACAUGCAAAGAAACAGAGGACAUCAGCGCUCUCACAAAAGCAGCAGAUUUUGUUAAAGCAUUUGUUUUAGGAUUUGAGGUUGAAGAUGCCCUUGCUCUUAUCAGGUUAGACGAGCUUUUCUUGGAAAGCUUCGAUGUCACUGACGUGAAACCUCUGAAGGGAGACCAUUUAUCCAGAGCCAUUGGAAGAAUCGCAGGGAAGGGAGGGAAAACGAAAUUCACAAUUGAAAAUGUCACAAAGACUCGUAUUGUACUUGCAGACACAAAAGUUCACAUAUUGGGGUCUUUCCAGAAUAUCAAGAUGGCACGGACAGCAAUUUGUAACUUAAUCUUGGGAAGUCCACCUUCAAAGGUCUAUGGCAACAUCAGAGUGGUGGCGAGCAGGGCUGCUGAGAGAUUCUGAAGUCUGACUGGCUGCUGUAUUCGUAUUUAUCCCUUCCUCCAGUGGCUGGUGGGAUAACCAUUUUGAUCCGUGUUGAUCAGCAGACUGUUAAUGCAAAGUGCUAUGACAAAACCAUGAACAGAAUGCAAGUAUUUGGUGAAUUUGUGUAAAUAAAACAAAAUCUGCUCAGGA